UUGGUCCACGAAAUUGAUUUUCAGCGCUUUGGAGUGUCCCACACGGAAUUUCGUUUUCUUAUUUAAUCAUUGAUGCUUCGUUGUUUUCUUCCCAUCGUUGUUUAGUUUGGUUGGGUAGAUGACCAGAACUGAAAACAGAGUUGUCAUUUUGGAGGAGCCUUUGAAAUCUUUGUUCUUAAUUUCUUUUGAGGGAGAAGAGGAUCUGUGAUUGGUGAAGCAAGUAGCUCUGGUUUUGGUGAGAUACCCAUCAAUAAAAAGAUGAUCUUUCACUGUUUUUGGUGAUUCUCGAAAGAUUUGAGCACUUGGGGUUGGCUGGGAGGUAAAAACCCAUAUAAAUUUUAGACUUGGUGGUACCAAAAUCUGGAGGAAAAAAAACUCAACGGAUUUCUUAGCUGGAAUCAACAGUGCUGAAAGUUUGAUAGAGCCUAAAGGGAACCCUCAACGAAAUCUAUCUUUUUUAUUCUUUAGAAGAUUACAAUCCAUAGUUCAUUUCUGAUAUUUGGGGUUUGGUUUUGCUAUAGAAGAUGGUUGCAAGUGUUGAUUCCGUAGCAAUUAAAUUAUAUUCAAAUGGGUCUGUUCAGAACUCUAAUGGUGUGGAAGAGAAGCUUGAUGAGCUUCGUCGCCUUUUGGGCAAAGCUGAAUGUGACCUGCUAAAGAUUGUGGGCGUUGGAGCAGGUGCUUGGGGUAGUGUAUUUGCAGCCAUGCUUCAAGACAGUUAUGGUCAUCUUAGAGAGAAGGUUCAAAUCAGAAUAUGGAGAAGGCCUGGCAGGUCAGUUGAUAGAGCCACUGCAGAACACCUCUUUGAAGUGAUCAAUUCAAGGGAGGAUGUACUAAGGCGUCUGAUCAGGCGUUGUGGAUACUUAAAAUAUGUUGAAGCAAGAUUAGGUGAUCGAACAUUGUAUGCAGAUGAGAUUUUGAGAGAUGGGUUCUGCUUGAACAUGAUUGAGACACCUCUGUGUCCUUUGAAAGUUGUGACCAACUUACAGGAGGCUGUGUGGGAUGCUGAUAUUGUGAUAAAUGGGUUGCCAUCAACUGAAACCCAUGAGGUGUUUGAAGAGAUCAGUAGGUAUUGGAAGGAAAGAAUCACUGUUCCCAUCAUCAUUUCUCUGUCUAAGGGUAUAGAAGCUGCAUUGGAGUCUGUCCCGCACAUAGUAACACCCACACAGAUGAUUUUUCGGGCAACUAGAGUGCCCAUGGAGAAUAUACUUUACCUUGGAGGACCAAAUAUUGCAUCAGAGAUCUACAACAAGGAGUAUGCUAAUGGUCGAAUAUGUGGAUCUGAAAAGUGGAGGAAACCACUGGCUAAGUUUCUGAGGCAACCUCAUUUCAUUGUCUGGGAUAACAGUGACCUUGUAACUCAUGAAGUUAUGGGGGGCUUAAAGAAUGUAUACGCUAUUGGAGCUGGAAUGGUUGCUGCUCUAACCAACGAGAGUGCUACCAGCAAAUCAGUAUAUUUUGCACAUUGUACGUCAGAGAUGAUAUUCAUUACUCAUUUGUUAGCAGAAGAACCAGAGAAGCUUGCAGGGCCUUUGCUUGCUGACACUUAUGUAACCCUGUUGAAAGGUCGUAAUGCAUGGUAUGGUCAAAUGUUAGCCAAGGGAGAAUUAAGCCUAGAUAUGGGUGAUAGCAUCAUAGGCAAGGGAAUGAUUCAGGGAGUAUCUGCUGUGGGAGCAUUUUACCAACUACUAAGCCAGUCCAGCUUAAGUGUCUUACAUCCUGAAGAGAACAAACCUGUUGCCCCAGUGGAACUUUGCCCAAUCUUGAAGACCCUAUACAAAAUACUAAUAACAAGGGAGCUCCCAUCACAGGCCAUCCUUCAAGCAUUGAGAGAUGAAACCAUGAAUGAUCCCCGUGAUCGUAUUGAGAUUGCACAAAGCCAUUGUUUUUAUAGACCUUCACUCCUUGGGCAAUCUUGAUCAGCUGAUACUCAACAUAACGGGCAAAAUUGAUAUGUAAUCGAUGCCCGUAGAAAUAAGGAUUGAUAGCUGAGUGGAGAUUGUGCUUGCGGAUCUACAAGAUGAAUAAGAAGAUUAGUGUUACGAUACAGAUCAUGUAUCUCAAUUCGUUCAUUUUUUCCCUGCUCUUUCAGUUUGUUUGUCUUUAUAGUAUCAGUUGUAAAAGGUUCAAUUCAUCAGUAUAUAAUGUGCUAUAUUAUUUUUCCCAAUGGGAAAAAAUGUGGCUCUGGUUCUGGAUGGAAGUACUGGGGCAUUAACCACCAUUGCGGCACUAAAGCACUACAUACCAGUCUUACAGCAGCCUCAGCGCAAGAUAUUCUAUCUGGGAUAAACUUAAUCCAAAAUAAGAGUAUAUAGUUAUUAUUUUUAUUGAUGGUUCUGUUUUGUACUAAAGGGUAACACACUUAUCCUUGGAAAACAAUUUUUUUCCUCAAUUAUUAAUGUUUAAAACAACAAUUUUCCUCAUGAAAAUUGAGGAUUUCAA